AUGAAAUUUGAUUAUAAGGAAGAGGAAUCUACGAAAGAACGUCUCUUACCUACUUACAAGAGACCAUUUGACAAUGUCAAAAAUUUCUUUGACUUACAUUCAAAUGCAACAGAAUCGCUCAUGAAUUCUCCAACUUCUGCCACAUCUAGUCAAGCCCAUACAAAUCAUACUUCCACAUCAGUAACCAGUUGUGAAAUUAGUCAGGAUAUUUUAAAAUUAGAAGUUUAUGAGAGAAAGUCUUUACAACUGUUUGAUUUGAGUUCAUGGUGCUCGUUCAGUGUUGAUUUUGAUUCACUCAGUUUAGAGUUUGAGACAGAGUUGGUCGAUGCAGUUCCACAUGAAGUGGAACUGGAGAUGAAUUUUGAAUCAAUCAAAGAACAAAAUCCCGAAAUGAUAUCCAGAGUUGUUACUGAAGAAGAAUUCGAAUCCAUAACUGACAGUGAAUCCAUAAUGGAAUCCUUGAAAGAAAAUACCUUAAUGGAGAAGUUGAUGAGUUUGUUUAAAUCAAAAAUAAGUAAGGAUUCAUCUACUAUUCAGAUUCCCAUUCAUAAACAAUUGUCUACAAUGUUGAAGAAGCCUUUAUUAGGUCCAGGGAGGUCUGCUACCAGCGGACCCAUUGAUCUUUCAAUGUUCCAAACACCAUCCGAGGAAUCUACCAUCUAUGAAGGGAAUAUCAGGUUUAAAAGAGAAGCAGAAUUUAUAAUUUAUGAGAGAUCUCCAUCUAUUACUUCUGAACAGGAAACUAAAGGCAACAAAUACCCCGGAUUAACAAGAUUCAACUUGUCUCGGCCUAAACGAAAGCUUUCCUGUUUUACAAAGACAUUUACAAUCCCUCGAUUUUCACCAAGAAAAGAGUUUAUGGAACGUUCACUUUCAUUACCUAAAAGAUUUGGAUGGAGUUCAGCUAACUUUAGUCCCAAGUCUGAUAAUAAAUCUAUUCUUAAAUCGAAGAUCAAUAGAAAUUAUGAAAUGGAAACAGUACAAAGUCUUAAAGAAGAAGCUGUGGAUUUUCAACAUUUCUGGGAAAACUUUGAGAACAUGGAGCAUGAGAAAUCUGCAAAAGAAGAAACUUUGAGUUCAAUUCGUGUCGAACAAGUGCAAAAUUAUUAUCAUAAUUACAAUUAG